AUGAAUAAUCAUAUAGGUUUACCACAUAAUAAAGGAUGGGCUACUGGUAACGUAAGAGUGGAUAUUCAUAGAGUUUUACCACAAAAUAAAGGAUGGGCUACUGGUAACGUAAGAGUGAAUACUCACAGAGGUUUACCACAAAAUAAAGGAUGGGCUACUGGUAACGUAAGAGUGAAUACUCAUAUUGGUUUACCACAAAAUAAAGGAUGGGCUACUGGUAACGUAAGAGUGAACAUUCAUAGAGUUUUACCACAAAAUAAGGGAUGGGCUACUGAUAACGUAAGAGUGGAUAUUCAUAGAGUUUUACCACAAAAUAAAGGAUGGGCUACUGGUAACGUAAGAGUGAAUACUCAUAGAGGAUUACCACAAAAUAAAGGAUGGGCUACUGGUAACGUAAGAGUGGAUAUUCAUAGAGUUUUACCACAAAAUAAAGGAUGGGCUACUGGUAACGUAAGAGUGGAUAUUCAUAGAGGUUUACCACAAAUAAAGGAUGGGCUACUGGUAACAUAA